AUGUUUUCAUUCUUUUCCACUGCAAUCUACCUCGCAGUCGUCGUUGUGGCACAUUCUUCUGAGAAUGAAGAUAUUGACGAUGAUCGCACUUGGAUCAAUACAGAAGAAACUCUUAGAGAACACUAUCUGCCAUUUUAUGUACAGGUCGGAGUGCUAGGAGUUCUUUUUACCAUGUCUGCCUUAUUUUCGGGCCUUAAUCUUGGGCUUAUGACCUUAUCAGUUCAAGAGCUCAAUCUUGUGAUUAAAAGUGGCUCAAAAGAAGAUGCGAGAAAUGCAAAAGCAAUUCUUCCCAUACGAAUGAAAGGCAACUAUCUACUUUGUACGAUAUUAAUAGUGAAUGUGGUUGUAAAUGCAGCCAUAUCCAUAUUAUUCGAGGAUCUAACCUCUGGUACAAUCGCUUUUGUGGCGGCAUCUUUUGGAAUUUUACUUUUCGGAGAGAUUACUCCUCAGAGUGUCUGUGUAAAACAUGGGCUUGAAGUUGGAGCUCGCACAAUCUUGAUCACGAAAUUCUUCAUGUUCAUUACCGCACCUAUUUCCUAUCCGAUAAGCAAGGUACUGGAUUACUUGAUCGGAAACGAAGUGGGCCAAUUUGAUAGAGGUCGUCUGAUUGAACUGCUGAAAAUGUCAGCUGAAGCUGGCCAAAACAAGGACAUGGCACAAGAAGUAAAGAUAGCUGUUGGAGCAAUGGAAUUUGCCAGCAAGGUGGCAAAGGAUGUGAUGACGAGAAUUGACGACGUAUUCAUGCUCUCUGAAAACGACAUACUCGAUGCAGCAACGCUAACUGAAAUUAUUCAUAAAGGCUAUACUCGAAUUCCAGCUGUCGCGGAAUUUAAUGAAAGGCAGUUACGAAUCGUAGAUGAGGAUAUGCCGUUGCCUCAGCUUUUGGACGAGUUCAAAGAGGGAAAUUAUCACCUUGCCAUGGUUCGACAAAUUAAGCCAACGAGCAUUUUAGCAAGAGAUGAUACCAGCAUUGACCAAUUCGAGGAAUUGCGGGUUACCCUCGAAGAUCUGCUCGAAGAGAUUCUACAGUCAGAAAUAAUUGAUGAAAGCGAUUCCGUUAUGGACAAUGUGAAUCGUUUACGACGGCACGCUCAUCAGGUAAGGGGACCACUUAAUUUUUUUUAUGAUAGGUACAUGGAAGAGCGAGCUCGGGAAAAGAUGAUUCAAAAGAAUAUACGCCAUGUCAUUUUGGUUUCGGGAAAGCAAGACAAACGUGUGCUGCUCUACGAAGCUGGCGUUCCAAGCAAGCGAUUCAUUCUUAUUUUAGAAGGUACAGCAGUUGUUUCAUUUUCAAAGGUGAGAUUAUCUUUAUACAUCUGUCCAUUUUCAUCUGUUUACCUAUUUGAGUUCCAGACUAAUAUGACCUUUGAAGUGGGGCCUUGGACAUGUUUUGGAGAAAUACUUUUCCAGAAAAUUUCUGCAUCUAUCCGAAGCCGGCAAGAUACUCAAUUAAACAUGAAUUUUACGCCGGAUUUCGAUUUGUUGGUGCCACAGACAUGCCGCUUUUUACAGCUACCAAUCUUCUCUGUUGUACGAGCUCUUCGAAUUUCUCGGUUUGUCAAACAGUUAAGAACUCCAAAGGUUUCCACAUCUGACGAAGAUGAUCCAGUGCCAUUGUUCCUUGGAGGGCGUAGACGUGGCAGAGAUGUAAGUAACAAAUCCUGAAA